CGACUCCGAACAUUCCCGUCAAGACCAAGUUCCGUAAGUUCGCCCAGAAGAAGCGGAACAAGCGGAGUUCGCAGGAGCGGUCGAACAAGAGUUUGGCGAUGGCCCGCAAGGCGAGGGCAGCGUGGAAGCGCAAGAGGGCGGCCCUGGAGCGCACCGGCGUUUUCUACACUCCGACCGCGGAGCGGUGGACGUUUGACGAGAUACUUGCCAUGGACGACACGGCCGCUUACUGGAUGCUCGUGAAGCUCGGUUUCCUCCAGGACCUCCACAACACGGAAUGCGCAGGCUGCCAGUGGCCCUUGGGUAAGACGUACUUCCGCGGCAAACGUCACCCUGGGGUGCAGUGCUACAGGCGCGGUUGCCGCGAGUUUAACAGGGCAACAUCUGGGACUUGGGCAGACCACGAGAUCCCAAUGAAGAAGCUCGCCGCCUUGGCGUGGCUCGCAAGCGGGCAAUUGACAUGCCAGAUACAUCAGGAUGACGCAGCGCAGCUGACAGGAGUGGCGAACAGGACUUGCAAGGAGGUCUUGGACGCCUUGCGCGACGUCAUUGCUAUCGGCAGUAAGAUGGAGCAGCGCGAUGUCGUGUUCUCUGGGCAAUGCGAGGUGGAUGCUACGACUCUGCGCACCGUGACGCUCAACAAUGGCCGGCUGCUCCAUGUCCGCUACUUCGGCAUGUCCCGCCGCGGAGAUCGAAAGUCCACGGUGAUCUACCCGCUCCCUUUGUACACCACGCCGAAAGGGGGGAAGACCAGGCCCGAGAGCCUCGCCGAGACGGAGGACCUCAUGAUCAACCGCACUGCCGGCGACAACGCGGUCAUCUGGCACUCUGAUGGUGCCCGGUGUUACAGGAGGCUGCCGCUCAACACCAGGGUCAAGCAUUGCCGUAAGCAGUGGGUGAAGAUCUGCAAGUUGGCCCUCUCCGAUGGCAGCGUGCUCGCGUGCUACGGGGGCACGGAGCUCCAGGAUGGUUUGUGGAAGCACCUCAAGCACAGGAUCCCGACGCAGCUCCGCACGAUCGACAGCCUCUCCACUGGGGCGUUGGAGAAAUGGGCUCACGAGUGGGCUUGGAGGUACCGCCGCGGGGACCAGGCGUGCCUCUUCAGUGAGCUCGGGCUGACGGUAAUGCACGCCAGGAUGAACGGGGAUGUGUGGUGA